AUGACUACCCCUCCUAGAGUAAUUGUUGUUGGUGGUGGACUGUCCGGUCUCUCCGCCGCUCAUACCGUCUACCUCAACGGUGGAAAUGUCCUCGUUUUAGAUAAACAAGCUUUCUUCGGUGGCAACUCCACCAAGGCUACCUCGGGUAUCAAUGGUGCCCUCACUCGCACCCAGGUUGACCUGGGUAUCCAGGACAGCGUCAAGACAUUCUACGAAGAUACCCUGAAAUCCGCCAGAGACAAGGCUCGUCCGGAGCUAAUUAAGGUCCUCACAUACAAGUCCGCUGCGGCUGUGGAAUGGUUGAUGGAUGUUUUCAAUCUCGAUCUCACCCUCGUUUCUCGUCUCGGUGGCCACUCCCAGCCCCGGACACACCGUGGCCAUGAUGCUAAAUUCCCCGGCAUGGCCAUCACCUACGCCCUCAUGCAACGGUUAGAAGAGCUUGCCGAGAAGGAGCCCGACCGUGUAGAGAUCGUCAAGAAAGCGCGCGUGACCUCGGUCAACAAGUCUGGUAACACCGUGACUGGCGUUACUUAUGAGCAUGAUGGUCAGAUUCACACCGCCGACGGUAUCGUCGUCCUGGCCACUGGCGGCUAUGCAGCAGACUUCGGCGACGGCUCGCUUCUGAAGCAGCAUCGUCCCGACACCUACGGACUUUCCAGCACUAACGGUACCCACGCCACUGGUGAUGGUCAGAAGAUGUUGAUGGAUAUUGGUGCCAAUGGUAUCGACAUGGAUAAGGUCCAGGUACACCCCACGGGUCUCGUCGACCCCAAGGACCCGACCGCCAAGUUCAAGUUCCUUGCCGCUGAGGCUCUCCGUGGUGAGGGUGGUCUCUUGCUCAACUCCGAUGGCCAGCGCUUCUCGGAUGAGCUCGGUCACCGUGACUAUGUCUCGGGCCAGAUGUGGAAGGAGAAGGAAAAGGGCAAGUGGCCCAUUCGCCUCGUCCUGAACAGCAAGGCGUCCAAUGUUUUGGACUUCCACACCCGCCACUACUCGGGCCGUGGCCUUAUGAAGAAGAUUACCGGCAAGGAGUUGGCUAAGGAGAUCGGCUGCGGCGACGCUGCUCUUCAGAAGACCUUCCAGGAAUACAAUGCCAUUGCUGAGGGCAAGGUGAAGGAUCCUUGGGGCAAGCGUUUCUUCCACAAUAUGCCCUUCGAUAUCAACGACACCUUCCACGUGGCCCUGAUGGAGCCUGUCCUGCACUUCACUAUGGGUGGUAUCGAGAUCAACGAGCAUGCCCAGGUUCUUAACUCGGAGAAGAAGCCCUUCGAAGGUCUCUAUGCUUGUGGUGAGCUUGCUGGUGGUGUUCACGGUGCUAACCGCCUAGGUGGCUCUUCUCUGCUGGGUUGCGUUGUCUAUGGUCGUGUGGCUGGCGACAGCGCCAGCCAGCACCUGUUCCAGAAGCUGGUCUCUGGCGGUGCCUCCAGCGCUCAGCAGCGUUUGGGCCAAAUCUCUCUUCACAUCGAUCCAUCGACACCCGGAAAGAUCUCCGUCGAAUGGGGCGGCGCUGGUGGCAAUGGUGCUCAGAUCCCCGCGGUCGCUGGGACUCCUGCUACUGCUGACUCUGCUAAGGCUCCUGCCGCUGCCACUUCGACCAAUAGCCCCAAGAAGUUUGAGAUCCCAGAGACAGAGUACUCGAUGGAAGAAGUCGCCAAGCACAACAAGAAGGACGAUCUAUGGAUCGUUGUCAAGGGCGUUGUUUUGGACGUGACUAACUGGCUGGACGAGCACCCCGGUGGCGCUAAUGCUCUGUUCAACUUCAUGGGCCGUGACGCCACAGAAGAGUUCGAAAUGCUUCACGAUGACGAGGUUAUUCCUAAGUAUGCCUCUCAGAUCGUCAUUGGUCGCGUCAAGGGCGUGACUCCCACCCUUGAGAUUUAG